AUGGCGGCCUCCUGCGCGGAGAUUUUGCGGAGGGAAUUCCCGGAACUCGACGGAGAGAUGUUCGAAUAUGUGACCGGGGUCCUGCAUAGUGGCAGCUCAGAUUUUGAGACAGUGGACGAUCUAUUUGAAGCCGUCGGCGAGCUCUUGCAAGACGUGUCCCGAGACUCGAAAGAUGACAUGGACAUCCGUGCAAUCUGCCAGCGUAUGUUCAACACCCUUCAUCUUGACAAUGAAAACUCUCCGAGCAGCCGGCAGGUUCUCCUGGAUGCCCCAAUUCAGCUUUCUAAGAUCGCUGACAAUUAUGAUUCUAACUUGGACUUGUUGCCAGGACUGCUGUUGAAGAGAGAUCAAAGUUCGAUGGUGAAUGCCAAAAAGUUGGAGAAAGCCGAGGCCCGCCUUAAAGCGAAGCAGUGCAAGAAGCAGGAGCGAGAUUCCGUCAAAUCUGGGAGCCCAUUGGUUCUGGAAGAAGCAUCCGCCAGCCAAGCUGCCAGUAAGAAAGAGAACCGCCUAGAACUGUCGGGCAAGAACAAGUCCUACGACGUACGCAUCGAAAACUUCGACGUGUCCUUCGGCGAGCGAGUCCUCCUCACAGGAGCAGACCUGAACCUGGCCUACGGCCGGCGAUACGGCUUGGUAGGUCGGAACGGGUUAGGCAAGACCACGUUGCUGAAGAUGAUUGCCAGCCGCAAUCUGCGCAUCCCCUCGCAUAUCAGCAUCCUUCACGUGGAGCAGGAGGUGGCCGGGGACGAGACGCUGGCCCUGCAGAGUGUGCUGGAAUGUGACACGGUUCGCGAGGGGCUGCUGAAGGAGGAAAAGGAGCUGACCGCCCGGGUUAACUCCGGAAGGGCAGUAGGCACAGAAGGGGCUCGACUGUCCGAAAUCUACGCCAGGCUAGAAGAGAUUGAGGCAGACAAGGCCCCAGCAAGAGCGUCCGUUAUCCUGGCUGGGUUGGGUUUCAGCGCAAAGAUGCAGCAACAGACCACCAAAGAGUUUUCUGGAGGUUGGAGAAUGAGGCUGGCUUUGGCUCGCGCCCUUUUCGCCCGGCCUGACCUUCUCCUGCUUGACGAGCCAACCAACAUGCUGGAUGUGAGGGCAAUCAUCUGGCUGGAAAACUAUUUGCAGACUUGGCAGUCCACCAUCCUCGUCGUGUCUCACGAUCGGAACUUCUUAAACGCCGUGGCCACCGACGUCAUCCACCUGCACUCGCAGCGGCUUGACUGCUACCGUGGGGACUUCGAGAACUUUGUCAAGAUCAAGGAAGAACGGCUGAAAAACCAGCAGCGCGAAUACGAGGCGCAGCAGCAAUACCGGGAGCAUAUCCAGGUCUUUAUCGAUCGAUUUCGCUAUAAUGCAAACAGGGCGUCUCAAGUUCAGAGCAAGCUCAAACUGUUGGAGAAGCUGCCAAAACUGAAGGCAGUGGACAAAGAAUCUGAGGUGAUAAUGAAGUUCCCAGAUGGCUUUGAGAAGUUUUCUCCUCCCAUCUUACAGCUUGAUGAAGUGGACUUUUACUAUGAACCCAAUAACCCUAUCUUCUGCUCCCUGUCUGUCUCCGCUGACCUGGACUCUCGCAUCUGUGUGGUUGGAGAGAACGGAGCCGGCAAAUCUACCAUGCUGAAGAUCCUGAUGGGAGACCUGGCCCCUGUGCAAGGGAUUAGGCAUGCUCACAGAAAUCUUAAAAUUGGCUAUUUCAGCCAGCAUCACGUCGAUCAGCUGGAUUUGGACAUUAGUGCCACCGAAUUACUAGCAAAAAAGUUUCCAGGGAAGUCAGAGGAAGAGUACCGUCAUCAGCUGGGGUGCUACGGAGUCUCCGGAGAAUUGGCCGUCCGCCCUGUCGCCAGCCUAUCCGGGGGACAGAAGAGCAGGGUGGCCUUUGCCCAGAUGACCAUGCCUUGCCCCAACUUCUAUAUACUGGAUGAGCCAACCAACCACCUGGACAUGGAAACCAUUGAAGCUCUAGCAAAAGCACUCAACAAAUUCUGGGGCGGCCUGAUCCUGGUUUCGCACGACGAGCGGUUCAUCCGGUUGGUGUGCAAGGAGCUGUGGGUGUGCGGCAACGGCACCGUUCAGCGCAUCGAAGGCGGUUUCGACGAGUACAGAGACAUCUUGCAAGAGCAGUUCCGGAAAGAAGGUUUUCUAUAAAGCCGCCCAGACUGUGUGCGUGAGCUGGUGGGGAGCA